AUGGAGAAUAUACAAAAGAUGGAAAAAGCAAAUGCUUCCAUAGCAAGAAGAGAAAGGAGAGCUAUUAUUGAAGAGAAGAGGAAGAAGGCAAGGAUAUCAAACGAAGUUCACACUGGUUCUCAAAAGGAGUGCAGAAAUCCUCUUCAAACAAUAAACUUAAACUCAGACACAUCCUCUUCAGGAAAAGAGAAUAAUAUUUAUUGGAAAAAUGGUGACACAAGCAUACAAACUUCCAUAAGGUUAGAAGGCACGGUCAACAACGAACCUAAUUUGGGUUUUCCUGUAGAAAGAAAUCUAGCAAGCAAGACACCUGACUCGAGAGAUGAUGCCAAGAAUGCCAGACGAGAGAGAGCUUUGAAACUAGCUGGAAAAAGGCAAACCAUUCAUAAAAAAUCUGCGGGAGGCAGGAGAGAUUCUAGCAUUAUUGAACUAGACUUGAGCUCAAUAACAAGCACACAAGAAGUUAGUCAAAGUACAAAUCCAGACAUAGGGAAAAUGAACAAUAUGGAGGUUAAUUCAUUUCGGUGCAGCAAUGAGUUUUCAGUAGAGCAAAGGAAGUUUAUUAGGGGACCAACGACAUCGCCACCAGCUGUAGGAUCCAACACACGAACACUACAAGCUGGAAAAGGUCCUGAAUACUUGAGCAUUGGAGAUCCAAUGCAUCAAUGUGAGUAUUGUAAUGCACUCUUUUGGUAUGAUGAACGCACAAACAAGCACUACAAAGCAACUGAACCUAAAUACACAAAUUGUUGCAAAGGAGGCCAAGUUCAAAUACCCCAUUUACAAGAUGCUCCAAAGGAACUAUACAAUUUGUUGUAUGAAGAUAGUCCUAAAAGCAAGCACUUUCGUGACAACAUUAGAGCUUAUAAUAACAUGUUCCAAUUCACUUCAAUGGGUGCAAAGAUAGACCGAAGCAUCAAUCGCAGCAAAGGACCGGCUACGUUCAUUCUUUGUGGAGAAAAUUAUCACUUGAUGGGUAGCCUCAUACCACCAGAAGGCAAUGUCGCCAAGUUUGCUCAGCUAUAUGUGUAUGAUACACAGAAUGAAAUCCAGAAUCGUAUGAACAUUUUCAGCAGAGCAGAAAACCAGUUAAUUCAUGAAGAUAUUGUAAAGGAUUUAAAGAAGAUGCUAGACGAGCACAAUGUCCUGGUAAAGGCCUUUCGUAUGGUUAGGGAGUCGAUGAGAGUUGACUCACGUAAUUCUGUGAAGCUUAGGCUCUUGGGUAAAAGGGGUAAGGAUGGUAGACGCUAUAAUCUUCCGUCAACAAAUGAGAUUGCUGCACUAAUAGUGGGUGAUUUUGAUAUUGAUAAGAAUGACAGAGACAUUGUCAUAGAGACACAGACUGGGAAAUUACAACGGAUUAAUCAACUUAAUCCAGCUUAUCUUGGAUUACAAUACCCUCUUUUAUUUCCUUAUGGUGAGGAUGGUUUCAAGGAAGAUAUCUCUCUCAGCAAACCUACAUCUAAUGAUGGAAAAGGGAGACAACACAUGUCUAUGAGAGAAUUUUUUGCUUUUAGAAUACAAGAGAGACUAGCAGAUGGAUCUCCAUUGUUGUAUUCAAGGAGGCUCUUCCAACAGUUCUUGGUGGAUGCUUAUUCAAUGAUUGAAUCAUCUAGAUUGAAUUAUAUACGUCAUAAUCAAGACAAAUUUAGAUGUGAAAUGUACAAACAAAUAAAAGAUGCUGUUUUGAAUGGUGAAACUACACCCUCAUGUAAAGGGAAGCGAAUUAUACUACCUUCUUCAUUUACUGGUGGUCCUAGGUAUAUGAUACAGAAUUAUCAAGAUGCAAUGGCAAUUUGCAAAGUUGUGGGUUAUCCAGACCUAUUUAUUACAUUUACAUGUAAUCCUAAAUGGCCAGAGCUUGAAGAUUUUUUUGACAAUAGAGAACUACGUGCAGAAGAUAGACCAGACAUGGUUUGCAGGGCUUUUAAGGUGAAGUUGGAUUGUCUCAUCAAGGACAUCAAAGCAAAUCGCAUUUUUGGGAGGGUUAGUGCAGAUGAUAAGUAUCCCACUGGAGAAGAGAUAGACCAGAUUAUUUCAGCUGAGAUUCCAGAUAGAGAAAAAGAUCCUGUUUAUUUUGAUGCCGUUGAAAAACAUAUGAUGCAUGGUCCAUGUGGCAAUUUUAGAAAACAAUCACCGUGCAUGGAAAAUGGAAAAUGCAUAAGGCACUUUCCAAAAAUAUUUGUUGAUGAGACAACAGUUGAUGAAGAUGGCUAUCCAUUAUACAGGCGCAGAGAUGAUGGGAGGAUUAUUAAUAAAAGUGGUGUUGAUCUCGAUAACUGUUACGUAGUCCCACAUAAUAGGUUUUUGCUGCUGAGGUAUGGUGCACACAUUAAUGUUGAGUGGUGUAAUCAAUCGAGAUCAAUUAAAUAUUUGUUUAAGUAUGUGAAUAAAGGGAAUGAUCGUGUAACUACUGCAUUUUACAAAAGUGUUGGUGAAGACGUAGAAAGUGAUGAAAUCGAUGAGAUUAGUAUGUACUAUGAUUGUAGAUACAUAUCUCCAUGUGAAGCAGUUUGGAGGAUUUUCGGUUAUAGCAUUCACUAUAGAGAUCCUUCAGUCGUUAGGUUGGGGUUUCAUUUGCCGGAUGAGCAAAAUGUGAUAUUCAAAGACCAUGACAACUUAGAUGAGGUAGCUAGAGAGGCUUCGGUAAAGGAAUCUAUGUUUCUUGGUUGGUUUGAAGCAAAUAAAGAAUAUCGAGAGGCUAGGUCCCUAACAUUUGCUGAGCUUCCUACUAAGUUUGUAUGGAAAGCCCAAGAACGGAUAUGGGUUCCACGAAAAUCGCAUGCAGUCAUUGGAAGAAUUUUUUUUGUGCCUCCUGGAUCUGGUGAAAUUUACUAUUUAAGACUACUGUUGAAUUUAGUCAAAGGCCCUACUUGCUAUGAAGAUAUCAGAACUGUUGACGGAACUGUGUACUCAACUUUCAGAGAUGCAUGUUAUGCACGUGGCCUUUUAGAUGAUGACAGAGAAUAUAUUGAUGCAAUACAAGAAGCAAAUAAUUGGGGUUCCGGAGAAUAUUUGAGAAAAUUGUUUGCAACACUUUUGUUUUCAAAUUCUAUGACAAGGCCAGAAUAUGUAUGGGACAACACGUGGCAUAUUUUAUCUGAUGAUAUUCUACAUAGGCAAAAGAGAAUUCUUGACAAUCCAGGUAUUCUAAAGUUGAUUUACCCCUAA